CCGGAGACGAGGUUGGCUGAAAGUGGCACUAGUCAAUCGACUGUAUGAAGACAAGUUACGGGCGGUAUAGCGUAUUCUUUUGCAUAGUACCAGGAGGAAAGGAAAUGAAGAUAAGAGCAAACGCAGUCUCAGUCUGGUCGUAACAUAAUGGGAAGAUGGCUAGUGAAUGCAAAAGUGAAUGUAACCGACUGCAGUAAUGCCAGAGAUUGGAAUGUCUGGCCACUGACAGUGUGGCAGCGAUGUAAUGACUCCUCUGGUGUUGAUGCUAACCUGGAUACUUCAGGCUCACCCAGUGAUGUGUGAGGUUCCUGUCCCCAUGAACGUGAACAUCUCCUCCAAACAUUUUGUUCACCUUCUAACCUGGCAGCCCGGCCCUGCAUCUCCCAAAGAUGUGUACUACAAUGUGUCCGUCGCCUCCUUAAACAGAGGGAACUCCUGGGAGCCCGUGGCAGGUUGUGAGCAUGUGGAGGACCCCCUGCUGUGUAACAUGACAGGAGCCUUCCCAGACCGUUCUGAGGUCUACUACUGCAAGGUCCAAGCGGUGCUGGGUCAGCAGCUCUCCCCCGAGGCCAGGACUGAGGGAUUCAAGCCCAUCCAGGACACCCACCUGAACCCCCCCAUGGUGAGCCUGCGAGCCUGUGGACGAGGGCUGUGUGUGGGGCUGCGGCCUCCGGUGGCCGGCCUGGACGACGUGUACGACUCUCUCAGCUACGCCCUCAAGGUGAACUGCAGCAGCAUGGAGACAUGCCAGUUUUCCAGGGAGACCAAGUCCCUAAAGGAGGUGAUUCUGCCAGACCUGGUGCCCGGUAGAGAGUACUGUGUGGAGGUCCGCAUCUCUGACAAUUUGGAGCGCCGGGACUCUGUCUACGGGUCACGGGAGUGUGUGCACACCACGGCCAUACACACCACAGACACGGAGGCUGCGGUGGUGCUGUGUGUGUUAGUGGUGGGAGGUGUUGCAGUAAUGAUCCUGCUGGUCCACACCGGAGGGUGCUGUCUGCAGACCAGCGCGCCACAGAUGCUGAGCGACGUAAAGCACCAUGAGAAACAGCUGCUGACAGACCCGUCCUCAGAAACCCUGUUCUCCACGGUGCACGUCGAGGCAUCGCUUCCGCCUGCUGCUGAGACUGAGGAUAGCAGUCAGAGCUGCGAGGAGAGUAAGGGGGAGGCGGAGGACGGCAGCGGGGGAAAGAGAGGGAACUACGAGAUCAGGCCUAGUGCCUCAACCAUGACAAACCCCCUCUCCUCCUCCUCCUCCUCCUGUUCCUCCUCCUCGAUUUCCUCCAACGCUCAAUUGCUGCCCUGCCCCAUCCCUGGUGCCACGACCGGCCAAACCAGCCAGUCCUCAGGUGCACCGACUGAUCCCGUGUGUGUCCGUCAGCAGCCUGCGUCCCCCGUCCCUGACAGGCAGACCGAGCCGGCCGGCACACCCGACAGGCCGUCACCCGGCACACCCGACAGGCCGUCACCCGGCGCACCCGACAGGCCGUCACCCGACAGGCCGUCACCCGGCACACCCGACAGGCCGUCUCCCACGCAGACAGGCGGCGGCCCGCUCCCCGCCCGUCCUCUCUCAGGGACGGGUCGGUCGCCAGACGAGGCCCAGUGUCCCCCACCGAGUGUGGAGGUCCGGUUGAAGCCCCGGCGGGCGGCAGAGACAGACCGGGGGACGGUGAAAGCUGGCGAGCCACAGGAGGGGAGCGGCCUGGAUGUCAACCUGCUGUCUGUCAAGCUGGGGGGCCGCUGGCUGGAGGAGGGCGCUGAACCCAAACCGGGGGUCAGUGAGGAGGGGGCCGCCGUCAGCAGUAGGACCUCAGGAGACUGGUACAGGACAGAAGAGGAGGAACAGGAGGAGUACGAUGGUUACAUGAAGCGUUGCAGCCUGUGGAUCCCUGUGCUCCUGACCUGCGGUGAGUGCAUGCUCCCAGCGCCUCUCAAUGUGUCCAUUCUGUCUUUCAACCUGGAACACAAUCUCACCUGGCUUCCAGGUAUUGAUGUGCCAGCCCAUGCUCAGUUCAGAGUGCACAGCCUGCAUCUCAGGAGAAAUUCGUGGAAGCCAGUGAAAGGUUGUGAGAUGUUGAGGUCCAGCCAGACAUGCAACCUGACGAAGGCCUUUAGGGAUCCCCUUCGGUACUACCAGGCCCGUGUCCAGGCCUUCACACCCACCCAGAACUCCAACUGGACCCUCUCUUCUCUCUUUCACCCUCUGACUGAAACGGUUGUGGGGCCUCCCGGGGUUGCUGUGUCCGGCUGUGGAAACUGCCUGCUUCUGAAGCUCACUCCUCCUGCAGAUAGGGGUCCCCAGCUGUCCUUCUUCUACAGGGAUUUCACUUGUCAGGUGCAGAGGACCAGGGACGGCUCCCAGUUCAGUCUCGGGGUUGUGUCCACUAAGGAAACUGUGAUUGAUUACCUGGAGCCUGGAGUGGAGUACUGCUUGACGGCCGUGGCCUCUCCCGUCCUGAACGCCCACGUAGUUCCCUCUGAGCCCCAUUGCGUCUUCACCAGCCCCCCGGCCUCCAGCAACGUGCCCAUGUUCCUGGGCGUGCUGUCCGUGUUCUGCCUCCUGGGGGCGCUCUUCAUAGGAGCGGUGGUGUACACGGGUCACAUGCUCUGCCUGGCUAAACCUCUCCCCAAAACUCUGUCGUCCAUCCCUCUUAUUGGUUGGAUCUCACACCAACAGCAGCAGCCGGAAGUCUACAGCCAAAUCUCAGUCCUCUCUCCAGGAUGCUCUGAAUGGGGUUGGGUCCUCCGAGACCACGAGCCGCUGCAGAAGACCAGCCCUGAGGAGGAAGAGGAGGAGGAUGAAGGCUAUGGAUGGGUGAUCUCAUCGGAAUAAACUGCCAGAGUCCUUGAUGGACAGUUGGUUACUGGCUGAACAGGAGUCCUAUAGUCCUGCAUGGGGCAAGGAAUAAUUGUGCCAAAUUAUUUUUAUGUUAGUGUGCUUACUGUGUAUUUUAAACUAGUGUAUUUGUGAAGCUGUGAAAUUCAUGUGAUUCAGGUAUCCUCAAUCAUUUGUUGAAAUAAAAACGGUUGUUUAUAUUGAAUAUAUAAUCAUUAUCCUGAAUAAAAACGGUCAAGG